AUGUCUGAACGCAAGGAUUUAUGGAACUCUCUUUCUCUUGCUGCUCCCGAGGGUAUUUUACCUUGGGCUAUUAUUGGUGAUUUCAAUUGCUGUAGAUAUGCAAACGAAAAGCUAGGAGGCUCUUCUCUCUCUCAACCUGCUCUGAAAGAUUUUAAUGAUUUCAUCUUCCUUAAUGGGUUGGAGGAUCUUAACUCUGUAGGUGGUAAAUUCACUUGGUAUAAUCAACAGAUAGACAACCCUAUUCACAUUAAGUUGGAUAGAGUGCUUGUGAAUGAUAUUUGGAGAAACUCGUAUCCUGAUUCUUUUUGCUCCAUCCAAAGGCCUUCCUGCUCGGAUCACUGUCCUAUCAUUUUACAUCCUGGGAAGGCUAUGCAGGCUCUUCACAGAUUCCUCUUCAAAAAUUAUUGGACCAAGAUCGACUCUUAUUGGUCUAUACUUUUAGAGGUGUUUACUAGGCCAUGUUCUGGGAAUCCACUUUCUCAUCUUUGUAUCUCACUUAGGAUGCUGAAGAGUGCUAUCAAAAAGGAAUAUUGGGCUUCUUCUAAUAGUGUUUCUAGACACAUUGAUUACCUUCUAAAAAAACAAAGCUAUUUGCUGGAACAAAUGCAACAUGACCACAGAAAUGCAGAACUUAACAUGGCAUAUAAAUAUUGUAACACUGAGCUCGUUAACUUCAAUAGGCUUCAUGCUUCAUGGAUUAUACAGCGGGCCAAGAUUAAUUGGCUUAAAUAUGGGGAAGAUGAUCUUAAAUUUUUGUAUGCUAAAAUCAAGAGUCGAAUGGGUGGCAAAAAGUCUGUUCUCAAUCUUCUUUCUUGCAGUUCUACAUCUAAUAGAGCUGAGAUUGUCUCUACAAUUAUUCAGUAUUUUCAAGCAUUAUACAAUCCUCAUUCCUCCCAUAACAUGGCUGCUGAUGCUAUUCCUACCGGUGUUAUUGUUCCGGACUGCUAUCAUGCGACUCUUAGCUCCCCUGUUCUGGAUGAGGAAAUUAAAGCUGCGGUUUUUAUGGGAUCCUCCAAUUCUUCUCCUGGACCUGACGGGUAUAAUUUCUAUUUUUAUAUGUCUAGUUGGCAUAUCAUAGGGCCGGUGACCAAUUGCCUGUGUAAUGUGGUUUAUAAAAUUAUUGCUAAAGUCAUUGCUGUUAGACUUAAACCGGUUAUGAACAUUAUUGUUAAGGAUAAUCAAGCAGGCUUCCUUAAAUCCAGAGUAUCCACAGACAAUAUCUUGCUUGCUUCUGAUAUUUUGUACCAUUCAGGGAAAAAAGGCAAAGGAAAAUUUUUUUGUGCUAAAUUGGACAUAAAGAAAGCUUUUGACUCAGUUUCCAGGGAAUUUUUAAUAACUAGACUUAUUCAGAAAGACUUUCCUAGUCGCUUUGUGAGUUGGGUCAAAGCUUGCAUUUGUGAUGUCAAUUUCUCUGUCUUACUAUCUGGUGCUCUUGAGGGCUACUUCCCCUCUGCUGCGGGUCUUCGGCAGGGAUGCCCCAUUAGUCCCUAUCUAUUUUGCUUAGCUAUGGAUGCUUUCUCCAAUCUCCUUGAGGAUAGAGGUUUCAAGGGGAUAUGCUCUAAUGAAUUUUCCAUCUCUCAUCUGCUUUAUGCUGAUGAUGUCCUCAUAUUUGGAGAAGCCACUCUUGAGAACUGUAACUUGUUGGUUUCCAUUCUGAAUGACUUUGCUAGAGCUUCCGGUCUUCAUGUUAAUUAUGACAAGACUGCCAUUAUGUUCCCAAAGAAUUUGAACAAUCAACAUGCUAUCUGUCAGGCUUUAUCCAUUCAUAACAUAGCUACUAAAAUCACAUAUUUGGGUAUUCCCCUCUCUUUUCAUAGACUCAAAAUUGAAGACUAUUUGCCGUUAAUAGAUAGCUUGAACAAGAAGUUUAGCGGUUGGAAAGCUAAUCUUCUCUCCUUUGCUGGUAGGCUACAAUAUCUGAAGUUUACUAUUCAAAAUACAAUUGCUUAUUGGAUUAGGGGUGCAAUUUUACCCAAAUAUGUGCACAAAUUUCUCAAGAAAACUAGCUCCAAGUUUUUAUUUUUUGGGGAUGUUAAUUCAAACAAAAAGCUGCAUAUGAUAGCUUGGAAUAAAGUCUGUUUGCCUUUUUCUAAAGGAGGUCUGGGCAUCUCCUUUAUUCCUGCCAUGCUAUUUUCUUAUAAUUGCUCUGUUAUUUCUCGGAUGUACAACUGCACUUCCCCAUUGUCUGUAUGGCUGCUGAACAAAUAUAGAUCGCCUUGGAAAGCUUCCCUGGCUGAUGCUUCUAAGAUGUGGAAAUCUAUUUGCCUCACGGCAAACAUGGCCAAACACUGCUUUAAAUUUAAGAUUACAAAGGCUGCUCCCAUUUCUUUAAAAUGGGAUCAUUGGUAUCAAAACUGCACUCUUUCUGAAUUUUUUGGAUCCGUUACUUUGCCUCAAAUUCCUGAUAUUCAACUCUGUAAUAUCAUGUCUAAUUCUGGUUGGACUUUGCCUGAUUCCCUUACAUCAGGUUUGAGGGAUGUUUUGCGGAGUAUAUAUAUUUUUGAUGAGGAUGGUCCCUGUUUGCUUUGGUAUGAUAAGGAGAAAGUCAAUUAUAACAAUUUUAUGAAGGAAUUUUACUCUGAUAUAUCUGAUUGUAGCUGGUAUAAAAUGAUUUGGCACAAAAGAAAGGCUCUAAAAUUCUCUGUAUACGCUUGGCUUGCAAUUAUGGGCGGUCUCAAAACUGCGGAGGCUUUACGUAUCAGGAAUGUGUUUGUUCCUAGCACUUGCUGUCUUUGUCACACUCAUGAUGAAACGGUAUAUCAUUUAUACUUUGAAUGCUCUUACUCUUUCUCCAUAUUGACUAGCAUUAUUCCUGGUAUGGAUAUUUUCCUGUUCAGACCCAAUAUUUUGCAAGUUUAUGAUUGGUUGAAUGGAAAAUACAAUGAUAAUACUGAGAUGCUCAACUUUUAUAAAUUGGCGGUAUCAUCAGUGAUCUAUUAUAUAUGGAAAGAGAGGAAUAAUAGGAUAUUUGGGAACAAGCUGCAAUGCCACACUUCUUUACAGCUAUGUAUUAAAAGAGCUUUGUCUGAGAGGAUUAUGACCUGGGGAUAUGCUAUAGACUUCUUGGACGGGAUAUAUGCCUUCCUGGACAAUGAUGAAGCUCCCCACUCAUCCUCGGACGGUCUGAAGACAUCUUUGGGCAACCAGGGAUGUGAUCGAUCUGCUUAUUCCUAUUUAUCUAUUCCUGAGUCCAGGUAA